UUUAUUCUUCAUUCGCCUGACUUCGAAGCCGCCAAGUUCUGGGUUGGCAACAUGGGGAAGACCGCCACGCACGCCGUGGUCUACGCCCAGCUCCACACGCCCGACGGCCAGUGCCAGGGGCUGCAUUCCUUUGUGGUGCAGAUUCGGGAUCCGAAAACCUUGCUUCCCAUGCCAGGCGUCAUGGUUGGUGACAUAGGAAGGAAACUUGGGCAGAAUGGCUUAGAUAACGGGUUUGCCAUGUUUCACCAAGUGAGGGUCCCCAAAGAGAAUUUGUUGAGCCGAACGGGCGAUGUCACUGCUGAGGGGAAAUACACAAGCGCCUUCAAGGAUCACAAGCAGCGCUUGGGGGCUUCGCUGGGCUCCUUGUCCGCCGGGAGAGUUAUGAUCAUCGCCAUGUGUGUGGCCAAUCUGAAGCUGGCCGUGUCGAUAGCCAUUCGCUUCUCCGCCACCCGGCGCCAGUUUGGGCCGACCGAGGCCGAGGAGGUUCCCGUCCUGGAAUACCAGAUGCAGCAGUGGCGCCUGCUCCCUUACCUGGCGGCCACCUACGCCUGGGACUUCUUCUCCCGCUCCCUCUUCCUCAGGUUCAUGGAGUUCCACAUAAGGCUGCUGAUAAACGACAAGAGCGCCCAGCAG